CCCCCCACACAUCGCGCGUGGCUUCUGUAGGAAGUGGGAGCUUCUUUCGCCCAUCUUACGCGUUUUCCGUUGGGAAAAUGGGCACCGGCUGUCAUUUCGUUGAUAAGUGUUGAUAAAAAAAUCGUUAGAAAGAGAAACAAAAUAUUAAUUUUGAAUCGAGCCGUAAUGAAAUUAUAUAACGCGAUAAUCGUUUAGUAGAUUGACGCCAGUAGUGUCUAUGCAUUGCACUAAGAACGAUGCCUUUACAGUGCCAUGAAAAUCUAUGUUGCCUCACUGUUUACAGUUUUUAUUUUUCGUGAAAUGCAAAGGAAGUAGCGCAUUUUACGUGAAAAUACGCAUUUCUUAUAUAUUUAUUUGUCUUGGGGUGGGGGGUGAAGUUCGUGACUGCAGCUGACAGUUUUCCCGUCACGUCGCACAUAUCGAGGACUCCAAUCUUUGGUCCUACACAUCGCCACUCGUAUUGAAGCUUGCUGGAUUCUUACGGGCAAGAUACAACAGAAUGGGUUCCAGUCAACAAUUUUCUCUUAGAUGGAAUAAUUAUUUAAAACAUAUUACAUGUGCUUUUGAUACGUUAAGAACGGAUGAAGAUCUCGUUGAUGUUACAUUAAGCUGUGAAGGCAAGCGGAUCAGAGCACACAAAAUGCUCUUAUCAGCAUGUAGCACAUAUUUCAGAGAUCUUUUUAAGGAAAACCCAUGUCAACAUCCAGUUAUAAUAUUCCGUAAUGUAAAAUUUGAUGACUUAGCAGCCUUGGUUGAUUUUAUGUAUCAAGGUGAAGUUAACGUCGUUCAAGAACAACUUGCUAGCUUCUUAACAACAGCAGAGUUGUUGGCAGUUCAAGGCCUCACUGAUGGUACAGGGAAGGAUAACGAUGGUUUAGUUGAGGAUGAUUUAGAAAUUCCCAAUGAACCAGAAAUACAAUUACAGAAUUCUUCUAUAAAAUCUACAAUUGAUGCCAAAAGAAGUAAGUCACCUUCUUCACCCAUGCCAUAUCAUGCAGUUGAGUUGCAAACUGAAACUCCACCUACAAAAAGACGAAAAUGUCGUGAUAACACGAAUACGAAUGCGGAUAAAACAGUCAGCAAUGCAUUAUCUGGAAAAGACUCAGAAAAUAAGAUAUCAGAUAAUCAAACAAUACCUGGUUCAGAUCCUGUUGAAAUAAUUCCUUUGAUGCCAAAUCUAAAGCUAGAAAUGCCUGAAUAUUUGGAACAAGAUGGUAGUAGUUGCAGUUAUGAAGAACAAAGUAUAGGAGAUAGUUCAUUGAACAAAAUUGGAAUAGAAGAUACACCAUCUAACACACCUGAUCAUGAUCAGAAACCAGACAUUACUCAAACUUUUUAUACGAGUAGUCAAUCUGUUUCUGAUAGUUUGGAUAGUAAACAUCAGUCAGCAGAUGUUGGACAUCUAUUGUCAAAACCCAGUACUUCCGGAGAAAGGCUAGCACAGGAAGCAGUACAGGAACCAAAGCACGAAGCGCCUCCUUAUGGGAAUCAGCAACAAGCGAUCCUCGUUUGUCAGGAGGGUGUCAGGAGGCGUUCAAAGCCUCUACAUGACGAAAGCGGUCGUUGGGUGUGCGAUGUCUGCGGCCGUACCUACAAUCGUGGAGACUCUCUUGCGCAUCAUCGGAGUAUACAUAGGGGUGACACCAUCUGUCCUAUCUGUCAGGCUGUCUUCACGAGGAAGUAUACGAUGCGCUGCCAUAUGGUGAAUGUACACGGAGUGAAGUAAUCGAGGUGUACCUGCGAUUAUUCAAGACGCGAUUUUUUCGAGCUUACGGACACGUAUAUGCAUAUAUAUAGUUUAUACUGUACCAUUAUGUGUGUAUAGUGUAUACUAUACUAUGUUUGUAAUGUAUAGUUACGUAUAUAUAUAUAUACUAAAUACUAUAUGUAUUGUAUAUUUGUUCCUUUAAGUAUACAAUACAUAUAGUAUAUAGUAUACAAUUAAUACGAAUAUACUAUAUUAUAUUUAUAGUAUAUAUUUAAUAAUCAAUAUUGUGCUGUAUACAUAUCUGUAUGUUAUUUAUAUAGUACGUUUAAAAAUUGAUAACGUAUACUAUACUAUGCAUUAAUUAUACAUAGUAUAUUUUAAUUAUACGUGUGCGUCUAGCUGUAAGCUUACGUGCGUAAGAUCAAGAGGGACGAGAGCAUCCGCGUGUGAAAAUGUUAUUGAUUUCAAAAAAAAAAAAAAAAAAAAAAAAAAAAAAUUAGAAAGGAGAGCGAGGGGAAAAUUAGGAAAUCUUUUUCUCUUCUUCUUCUUCUUAUUCUUUUCUUCUCUUUUUUUAUUCUAUCGCUCCUCUUUAUACGUCGUGCGUUGCUUCUGUGUAUAGCCUAGUUAGUAUAAUCUUCAUCUAUGUAUAAUGUGAUCCGAUUCGACGACCUCGAUGGUAUGAUUAUAGUGUUAUAUUCUUCUAAUAGGAAAAUAAAAUAUUUCUUGACAAUAAGAAAUUCAAUCGAAUAGCUCUUCAAAUGUGAUUAGAAAUAAUUUUAGAACGAUAUUAAACUGAUUUAAAUUGUCGUACAGUAACUCCUUCGAAUUUUUAAAUUUAUAUGUUCAAUCUUCAUAAUGAAAAAUGUUUCUAUAUUAGAAAUAGAAACAUCUAAAGGAUUUGAGAUUCAUGAUCUUGUGAUCAAAAUUUAGAUCAUUAGAUUUUUGUUUGUUUAUGUUUUCUUUUCCUUUUCUCUUUUUCUUGUUUCUUUUUUUUUUUUUCUUUUUUAUUAACAGGAAAGUUUAAGGUUUCUUUCCACGUACUGCCAAUACGAUGUUCUUGCCAUUUUUUCAUUUGAUUUUGUUAUUAAAAAUUUGUCACAUAAUAUAUAUUAAACAAAUACUUCACAUGAGAUUCUCCUGCGUACUUUGUUAAAUAUUAUUCCAUAGGAGUGUACGUCGUUUCGAGAUCAGACUAUAAGUUCGAUCACCGAACUGAAGUUUGCAAGUGUUUGAUAAUAAUUAUAUAUUAUCAUUAUUGUAAUUAAGUAAGAUAGAAAACUUAUAUAUAAUUUACUUAGGACAAAAGAAAUAGUCUCUGCAAAUAUUCCUACAGUUCGCGUGAUUAUUUUAUUAUUGUAGUUAUUAUUAUUAUUGCCAUUAUUAUUAUCAUUAUUAUUAUUAUUAUUAUUAUUAUUAUUAUUAUUAUUAUUAUUAUUAUUAUUAUUAUUAUUAUUAUGUUUUACUUAUUGAUGUAAUUGUGAAUGUAUAAUUUUUAAUAGUAAUUUCAUAGAUUUUUAAGCAGUAAUAUCCUAUCGGCUGCAAGCCAUUUCUUUAUUUUUUUUUCUUUUUUUUUUUUUUUUUUAUUUCGAUAUUAAUUAUUUACUUUUAUUGCUAUAUUAUACGAUCGAAAACUAUGCCAUAUAUAUACACACGCACACACAAAUAGUAUAUACUUGAUUGUGAAGGAACACCGUUUAUGCUUAAAGCACAAACACAUUGUCUUUUGAUUUUUUUUUAAUCAAGUUUUUAUUAUAAAUAUUCUUAUACAAAGUUAAGUAAUUUUUUCCGAUAUAUUUACAAAAUUUUUUGAUAAAUUACUCAAUCAUACAACUCAAUUUUAAUUUGAUUUAAUUUAACGCGAUUUAUCUAUUUCUAAGACCAUCAUUAUUCGAAUGUAGAGUUUAUAUACAAAGACUGCUAAUAAGUUUAAUAUUGCUGAGUUUAGUUGUAAACGAAGUCAUUCCAUAAUUUGUAUCAUUUUAUAUAUGUUUUUCUAUAUUAUUUCUUUAGUCGUUUCAAUAAAUCCAUACUUAUCUUACUACUUUUA